AAAUUUUCCCAUAUGAUUUAUAGUUUUUUACAGGUUUAUCAAUAACUUUAAUUCAUGUUGUACUGUUUUGUUUAUUAAAUCAUUAUUAUUCCAUCCAUUGUUAUAUUUUAGGAAUAUCAUGCUUUAUUUUGUAAUUUGUUCGAUUUUUGUCUCAUCAUUAUGUAUGGCACAAGAGGGUCCAGUUUAUGCAUCUGAAACGCUUGCCAAACAAUCCAGUUUCCAUACCAUUGAGGGACGAAUUUUUCCGAGUCCUAACUCAUCUAUCACACCAUCUUGGUUCACAUCAACUCGAAUCAUUGUUAAUUAUGGUCAAUUCAUUGGUUUUAUGAAGAGAGAUGGAACCUUUGAAAUAAAUAAUGUGCCUCCGGGAUCAUAUCUUGUUGAAGUUAAUAAUCCUGACCUUUUUUAUAAGCCUGUAAGAGUUGAUAUAAACUCCAAAGGAAAAAUACGAGCUCGUAAAGUUAACUAUAUUCAAAGCUCAGCUGUGCAGCAAGUGAAUUAUCCACUGAAAUUCAAGCCUCAAUCUUUCUUUUCCUAUUUCCAACAACGUGAGACUUGGCGAUUAACUGAUUUCCUUUUCAACCCAAUGGUCAUGAUGAUGAUUUUACCUUUGAUUUUGAUAAUGAUUCUACCUAAAAUGAUGAAUGCUGCAGAUGCCGAAACUCAACGGGAGUUACAAAACACUCAGAUGCCUGAUGUUCCUGAAUUUUCAGAGAUGAUGACGAAGUGGUUUACCGGUGGUGCUCCAUCUGGAUCUACUAAGCAGAUCGGAAGGGGAGAAAAAACUAGUACUAAAUUAGUGAAGAAAAGAUCAUGAAAACCAUCCAAUAGUUGAAGACGAUCGUUAUCGAUUCUCUUGUUUUUGUAAUUUAAUAUUUAUUAUGAUAAAGAUAAGCUUUACAAUCAUGUUGAUUUUUAUUUAA